AUGUCGCACAGAAACGUUGUACCCAUAGACGGCACUUUCUGUGGAAGUCCGGGUUACAUUGCACCGGAAGUCAUUUCCCGACAGAAACAAACCCCAGCACUCGAUUGUUUCUCUCUUGGAGUGAUUCUACUUAAAUGCAGCACUGGAAAAAAGCCAUUCGAGUUACCUGACGGUCACAUUUCCGACGAAGUUGUUAGCAAGUGCAAAUAUUUGGCUCCUGUCUCGAUGAAUUCGAGCAUCAGAGAAGUAACAUCAAAAUUGAUUAAAAAAUCACCGAAUGCCCGCUUGACAGCCGUUGAGGAGCUGUACAGCCAAUUGGUCACAGACCAUCAACGUCAGCGACAUUAUGCACUCCAAAAGAUUGUCAGAGACAACGAUUUGUAA